CUCAUGCGUUCGUGUUCUUCCUCUUCUAUUUUUCUCUCACUCAUCAAAUUUUCCUUUCAGAAUCCAUUUUUGGUAUAUAUCAAAAAGACACAAACGUAACUUUACGGACCGAGAGGGUCACGUCCCACGGCUACAUCAUCAUCAUCGUCAGUUCUUGAGGGUCGUCGUCUCUCUGAAGAAGAAGAAGAAGUGAUGGUGAGGAAGAAGAAGAAGCCAUUAAUGGAAGCUUACGAUGAGAUUGUUAAUAAUAACAAGCGAAGCAAGCACUCCGCAAUUCGAGAUUACCCUCCUGGGUGUGGCCGAUUCACUGCCAGAAUAAUUCAUCAAACACCUGAAGAUGAUGAAGAGCGCUUAGUUAUUGAAGAGAAGAGUAAUAAUGGUGAUGAGGCUUGUUCUCAUGAUAAAAGAAAUGAUUUUCAGAAGAAGAAGAAGAAGGCUGUGACUGUGAGUAGAAGGCAAGCUUCUGCGACAAGGAUUUCAGUUUCAGCCAUUAGAGACUAUCCUCCUUUAUGUGGGGCCCAAUAAGUUUCUGAGUAAAAGCUUGUGAUCAUGUCAAACAAAUGCUCUCUGAAUCAUUUUAAGAAAACGGGUGUGGUGGGCAUAGAAGAUAAGCAAUCAAGAAGGAAGAAUGAAUUAUUGCUGCAUUAUUUUUUUGGCACUGUUUCUAAAAAUUAAUGCUAUUGCAUUAUUAGCAUUGUUAUUAUUAUUAUUAUUG